AUGAGCCACGACUUUUUCCAAUAUCGAGAGCUGCUGACUUCGGCCGUGGGCCAUGCCGUCGAGUACUUGGAAUCACUGCCGGACCGGCCAGUUGACAAGCAGGUCGGCAGCGAGGAGCUGCGCCUGAGCCUCGGCGGUCCGCUGCCGGAAGCCCCCUCCGACGCCAGGAGGGUGAUUGAGGAGCUGUGCCAGACUGCCGAGCAGGGCUUGGUAGCUUCUGGCGGGCCUCGCUACUUCGGCUACGCCAUCGGUGGCAGCUUUCCGGUUGCCCUGGCUGCAGAUUGGAUGGUAAGCGCCUGGGAUCAGAAUGCACCUUACUACGUUUCAAGCCCCGCGGCUGCUGUGAUUGAGGAGACGGCGGCUGACUGGUUGCUGGAAUUACUGGGUUUGCCCAAAGCGGCUGGCGUGGGCUUCACAUCAGGUGCGCAGGAAGCGAUCUACACCGCCAUGAUCACUGCGCGGAACGCGCUUCUGAAGCGCACAGGUUGGGACGUUGCCAAGCAGGGGCUGUACGACGCGCCGCGCAUUCAUGUAGUGGUGAGUGAUCAGAUUCAUUCUGCCAUCAAGCGAGCGCUGUGGAUGAUCGGGAUGGGCGAGCAGAAUGUCAAGAAGCUCCCAACCGACGGCAACUUACGCAUCAUCCCCGAGAGCAUCGCUGAAGUUCUUGCGGAGUGCGACGGGCCGACACUAGUUUGUGCGCAGGCUGGCUGCAUCGACUCGGGUGCUUUCGACCCAUUCGAGGCUUUGGCUGAUGCCGUGGGCAAGCAUCCGAAUGCCUGGCUGCACAUUGACGGUGCUAUUGGCCUUUGGUCGGCAGCCAGUGAGCAGCAAAAACCUAUGCUUCAAGGUCUCGAAAGGGCUGACUCCUGGGAUACCGACGGCCACAAGUGGUUCAACAUGCCAUACGACAGUGGGAUCGUGAUCGUUCGGGAUGCAGCACUACUGGCUGAGGCGAUGGGAGGAAACAGCAUGGGCGCUUACCUCACAGAUGCGAUUGCAAAGCCCGAUCGCAACGCCAUCAAUUUUGGUAUCGGUGCCUCCCGGCGUGCCCGGGGUGUACCUAUCUACGCUGCCAUCAAGACGUUGGGCAAGCAAGGGAUUGAGAAGCAUCUGGAUGCUUGUUGCGCGUUGGCACGUCGCAUGGCUGAUCAGCUGCGUCAGGUUGAAGGUAUCAGCAUAUUGAAUGAGGUUGUUUCGAAUCGCUUCUCGGCCCAAUUCGGACAAGGCGAUGAUGAAUUCCGCAACACGUUAACAGCACGAGUUGUUCAUUGCUUGCAGCAAGACGGCUUCUGCUACCCAUCUACCUCUGGCUACAAAGGCUUGAAAACCAUGCUUAUUUCUGUCCUCAGCUGCCACACAACGAUCGCCGACAUUGACGCCUCAGCCGAGAAGAUAGUUGCGACCUAUCGCGUGGAAGCCGCUAAGCUCCAGGCGCCCGACACGGCAUCAUGA